UCAACAGGAAACCUCUGAGUUCUUCAUGUCAAACAUAUCUGUGUCCGGCUCUCCAGGGGGCGCUGGUUUCCUGCACCGGGUUGUGAGAUGUUUGAGUCUCAGAACUGUGCGUCGCCGCCUGCUGUGUCACAUCAUCCCGGCUGCAGCAUGAACCUGACACCGUCUGUGCUCCGGCCGUCUGUGCUCCGGCUGUCCGCCGUGGGGCUCAGACCCUGUGCAUCCACAGGCCGUCAGCACAGAGCCGCCGGAGCCUUGAGUUUGACAACAGCCACUCGUCGCCCACAAAUCUCACCUCCCUUGCCGCCUGUGCCCUGCAGACGCUCUUACUGCAGCAACGUCAAGGUGCGCUCCUAUCUUCACUACAUCAAACACAAGAUCAUAUCCCCCCCCACUCCUCCGUACAGCCACGUGUGCCAGGUCGGGGACCCGGUGCUGCGUUCACAUGCUGCAGCCGUCGACCCUGCAGCUAUAACAGGCCCCGAGAUCCAGAAGGUCAUCAACACCAUGGUGAAAGUAAUGCGAAGACUCGAAUGUGUGGGACUCAGUGCACCUCAGAUCGGGGUGCCGCUCCGGAUCUUGGCUCUAGAAUAUCCUGAGGGGAUGUUGGAGGAGAGUUCGGCUGCAUCGAGGGAGGCCCGUGGUCUGUCCGCCCAGCCGCUGAGGGUCUUUGUUAACCCUCAGCUGAGGGUGCUGGACGGACGUACUGUGCUCUUUCAGGAAGCCUGCGAGAGCAUCUCAGGAUUCUCUGCCACAGUUCCUCGCUACCUGUCUGUGGAAGUGUCGGGUCUGAAUGAAAAGUGUGAAGCGGUCACGUGGCAGGCGAGCGGCUGGCCGGCUCGUAUCCUCCAACACGAGAUGGACCACCUGGACGGGGUCCUCUACAUCGACCGCAUGGACAGCAAGACUUUCCUCAACAUCAACUGGCAGUCGUACAACGAAUAGAAAACAAUCCACAGGAGAGACGCCAUACAUCUGUUAAACCGAUGAGCCAGUUGUGGAUUGAAGUUAUUCUCCACAGAAUCUCUGACUGUGAUUUAGAGCUGAGUGACGGGAUCAUGGAGAACUGGGUCACUGCACUGGACGUGUUUUAUAAACGAGAAGUUAAAGGGAAGAAACCAAAACUAUGACGUCACUAAACCAAGAGUUCUGUGAAGGAACGUGUUGGAUGAAGAGGCUGAGCUGUUCAUGAUAAAAUGAGUGAAUCAUGUCGGACUUAGUGUAAAUGUUUGGAAACUAUUCUAGAACAUGUGAACUCUUGUAAAUACACUGAUGUCAUUAAAAAGAGUUUGUAAAA